UACCGCUGGAGAUUGACACGGUCCUGCCCACUUGGACUGAAAUGUUACAGCUUGCAAAUAAUGAGUGUUUCUCGAGGCUUCAACCUUGAUACUUGAAAUAACAUCUUUUCUGAGUCGCAAUCGGUCAAAACUGUGUAACUUAACGCCGAGAGUCAACCACCAUGUCGACGCCCUUCCCUGUUCUGGUACACCCUUUCAAAUCACCCGUGCCAAGGCAGUGUGCAUACGAGUCGGGCUCAACUACAGCCAAGAACGCCCUGAUAUGCAUCGGUGGCCUUGGUGAUGGCCCGCACACGCUCAGAUAUGUGCGGACGAUUUCACAGCGGCUGGAAAAGGAGGCUUCCCUGAGCUACUCGGUCUUUGAGGUCCGCCUGUCCAGCGCCUUUGACGGCUUCGGCACCAAACGUCUCAGCGAUGACGUAGCUGAGAUCUCUGCUCUUGUCCAAUAUCUUCGUGGUAUUGGCAGAGAAAAGAUUGUCCUGAUGGGACACUCUACGGGGACGCAGGACUGCAUGGAGUAUACAAACUACGGCAGGCAUAACAGUGCCCCUGUGGAUGGCUUCAUAAUGCAGGGAACCGUUUCCGACAGGGAGGCAUUUGGACCUUUGGUCGACAAGAAGGAACUUGACCAAAUUAUCUCCCAGGCUGCGACGCUUAUUCGUGCUGGUGAAGAAAAUGAAAUGAUGCCGCGAAACAACCCAGUAUCUGAGGUUUUCGGAGCUCCACUCACGGCAUAUCGGCUUAAUUCGCUGUUAAGCCCCGGUGGCGAAGACGACUUCUUUUCAUCGGAUCUUACAGACGACAAGAUUGCCUCCUUCUGGGCCAACUUCCGGAAGCCCGCACUGGUACUGCCAUCCGGUGAAGACGAGCAUGUGCCCAAGUCUAUUGAUGUAGAGGCUCUCCUCGGCCGGUGGAAGAAGCUAGCUCCGGCCGGAGUAAUCAGUGAGCUAUCUGGUCUGAUACCAGGCGCCUCUCAUACCGUCAGAGACCCAGGCGCGCAAGAAUGGAUGUGUGACAGGAUUGUCCAGUUCCUCCGCAAUCUUGAAACCAGCCAUGAAGUCAAGCUUUGAGCACUUAUUGAAUCUUCUUGGCGGCGUUGGUGCUGUACUGGAGAUCAGAUGACUUCAGGUGACUGUCCGCUCGAUCCGCCAGAUCAAGAGCCCAACAUAUCUUCUUGAUAGAUGCCCAAAGAAUAGCUUCAUUUUCACGAGCUGUCAGCCUCAUCAUGACGAAAGAGGAGUAAUGAUGAAU